UCUGCAUACCUAUAGUAUCGAACUUUUUUUACCUAUUCAGGUGAUACUUCCGGUUUCGAAAAUAAACCUAAAUUCAAAAUAUAAUUGUAAAUUGCUUAAUUGCAACUGAAAACCACCUGUAAAUUUGAAAGAAAUUGAAGCACUACAUGAACCAGCAGAAUGUUUUCCAGACAAACAUUGAAGAUUUUUAUGACAAUUACCAAUGUUCUAUUCUUUAUUAUAGGGGGAGUUAUGUUAGGCAUAGGAAUAUGGAUAGCAGUAGACAAGAUCUUCAUAUCAGAUAUAAUUGGUACAGACCUGUUUAAUGCUGGGGCAUAUCUAAUGAUAAUAUGUGGUGCCGUCCUCAUACUGAUAUCUAUAUGGGGAUGUCUUAGUACUGUACAAAUGAAGAGAAUGUAUAUAAUGAUUUAUUUUGUAGCUGUUCUAGUCUCAUUAAUAAUGUUAUUUGGUGCAGGAAUUAUGGCAGCAGCUUUUCAAGGAGAAAUAAAAUCCACCAUGUUAACUUCUAUGAGAGCAACAUUACAAACAUAUUAUGGCGCAGAUGGAGCUAGGGCAAAUACAAUAACACGCUCUUGGGAUGAAACCCAGACGUUGCUACGAUGUUGUGCAGUAGAAGAUCGUGAUUACAGAUUGUAUAGAGAAUCAUGGUAUUAUAAAACACAAAUAGAGCAAGGUGUACAGAGAGGAGAGUUAAAGUAUGUACCAGCAUCUUGUUGUGUGUAUACAGAGAGGUAUCAACAGUAUGUUAACCUACAUACAUGCCAGACAGCUUCACAUAUGGCUCCAGGGUCCGAUACAGAUAGGGGAAAUAAUCCGGCUUUAUAUUACACAGGUUGUUACAGUAAAGCUGUAAAUUUUGUAUCAGGAAACGCAGAGGUAUUGAUUGGAAUGGGCUUUGGAUUUUCUUUUAUAUUGAUAUGUGGAAUGGUAUUUUCUAUCCUGUUAUACAGAAGAAUAACUUAUGACUUUACACCAGUCAGCACAAGAGAGCGAUGAACAUAGCUAUAAAUAGAAGUCUGUAUAUUGAAUGCAUUCCAUAGUUGUUACUCAUAGUAAUAUGUUCCUGAUAAUACCAAAUAACUAAUUGGAAAAGUGUGUAAUCAUUUCAUUCUCAGUGACCAAACAUUAAUCCAUAUUAUUGAAGUUUGAUCCAUGUGUUUUGUGACUAGUUAUUUUUGAAAUUCAUAUGAAAACUAAAUUUAUUUUCAUAAUUAAUAUUUACAAAUAUUACUUAUUCAUUCCUAAAAAGUCUCUCUGUUUAAAUAAGGGCUUUUAAUGAAUUUUAUUUAGAGGGAUUCCAUCAGACACCUACAAUUUAUACAUACACAUUGAAGAAAUAAAUAUCAUAUUGUCUAUAGGCACCACAAAUGCAUGUUACAAUGUUUAGGAUUUUCAAAUUUAUAUUUUAUAUCUUAUUGUUUCGAAUAAUUUUACAUCAGAUGAAAUUCAUGUAAUUAUAAGUGUGUGUAUGGUUGAAAUUGUGCUUCAAUGUCAAUUUUUCAAGCCACUAAAUCAUUUUGUACAAACAGCAUAGAUUCUGAUAUGUGUAUUAGUUAUGUCAUGAUCAGUUUCAGUUAAAGAUAAAAUAACUUAUUGUUUCAACAUAUUCAGAUUGUGUAUCAACUUUUUACUUGUUCAAACAAUUUCAUAAAAUGAAAUAUUUCCCACAGGGAGUUGAAAUAUUCCCCAUAGGGAGUUGAAAUAUUCCCCAUAGGGAGUGUAUCUUUGUUUAUAUGGGAUGAAUCAAAUACCCAACUUCUACUGAUAGAGUGUAACGUUCCUUGCAUGAAAACAGAUCCAUUCAGCAUUAUUUUGAAAGAGAAGUUUCAUAUAGGGCCAAUCCUUAGGUUAAUGAUUCUUUGCUAAUGAAAAUUAUUACCAGAUUUAUAAUUUUCAAGAAAAAACAAAAUAGCCUCAGAAUUUUUAUUCAAGUUCUUAGAUCAAAUUCAAACUAAAUGAUUUCAAAACUUGUCUUAAAGAAAUUAUUGUUUAAAAUAUUUUAUUAGAUCAGCUUAACCAGUUACCAGUUCAUGAAUAUAGAAAACCAUUAAUUUUUUAUUCUACAAUGAUUUUUAUAUGAUUUUUCAUGUAAAAGAACAAGUCUGAUUUUAUGUAUUUUCUUCUACUAUCUUGUCCAUGUGUUGUUCAUUGCUGUUUGUCUUUGUCUGUAUGGUUGUUCAGAGAAGUCAGGUGCUGGUUGUUGCUGCAGUCUGUUGUACUGUCUGUAGUAUUGUAGUAUUUUUGUCAUUUCCUUUUCUCCCUUUAUGCAGUAUAGUUCAGUCUUUUGUCUAUUUUAUGUUUAUUUUAUGUGCAGCCAGUGUGUUUUGUCUAUUAGGUAUUUUAGUGCUAUAUUUAUCUCUUACUUUUUUUAUCAUGUGCCAUCAUUCUGUGGACUAUUCAACAGACAAUUUAAAAAAUAUUUUUUUCUGGAUCUCAUUUCACAUAUAUGAUAAAACAAUACAUUUAUAGUUUAUGGUACAGGGGAGACAUCUUUUGGUACUUUUUUUUUAACAAUUUUCUUUUGGUUGUUGUGAAGAAAAUAAUGCAUUGUAUUAUUGUUCGUAGGAUAUUUUGUGUACCCAUAUAAUUUAGUAAAAACAAAACUAUGGAAUUAACAAUUAAUCAUUAUAACAAAAGUUUGAUUACUUUGAUUACAAAAUAUAAUACAUGUAUGAUUGACAUUUAUUGAAAAAAGUAUUUUGAGAUUUAUGCUAGAAUUAUAUGCCUGGCAUGUAAUAUUAAUAACAAUUAAUGUAACAUUAUAUUGGGAAAAAAGAGGUGAAAGUUCUUUAGAUAAUGUAAAAAAGAAAAGAAAUCAUAUUAAAUCUUUUUUUUAACUAUGUAAGGUAGAAUGUUCAUUCUAUAAUCUAUUGUAUCCCUAAACAACAAGAAAAUAUAUACAGGAAUAAGUAUUUCACUUUGUGAGUUACUGUUAUAAACAGUAAUUGUUAACUUGUUUAAAACGAGCAGUCAUUAAGCACAAAAUUCACCCUCAUGAUUUUAAACACACACUAUUUCUCAGAUAUCAGUCACUGCAUGUGGAAUGGUAGUUCAACCUUCAUGUUGUGUCUAAAUUGCAAAAAUAUUUUAUUUAACAGUUUAACCACUACAAUGAAGAUAUAUUUAGUUUUCUUUUCACUGUAUAACUUCUAAACAAGAUUUUAAGCAGAAAGUGAUGUACGCCAGAGCUUUAAAAAAUACACUACAAGAAAAUUGUCAUGGUGGACAUUUUUUAUGUAUCAUUCUCAACAUAUCAUUUAGCCAAAAUCCAUUUUUUUUUUUCCAUUUUUGUUAACAUUAAUAUGAUCUUUGACCUUUUAAUGUCUAAACUGAUCCUUUUAAACUUCAGUAGAGAUAGAGUUAUUUUCCAAAUGCAUGUAGUUUAAAGGUUUUGUUGGCUUGCUUGCUUUGUUUGUAUGAAUAUUUGCUCAAGCAUCGAAAAGCAUUAUACAAGCUGUCGCACCAUCUAUCUAUUGAUUGCAAUUGUAAAACUUAAUUAUGCUGCUUGAGAGUACAGUAAUUCAAACGAAUCAAGCAAGCCACUCAAACCUUAAAACUACAUGCAAUAGGAAAAUUGCUCUAAGCAAUUCAAUCCCUUUACAUUUUUUUCUUAGAAUUUGCUAGAUAAUGCUUGUAUAAUAAUCGUAAUUCUAGUGGCAAAUUGUGCAUCUAAUAUUUUUAAUUUUAAAUUAUUAUUGUUUUGAAUGAUAACGAUUCAUGUAUAAGAAAUGCAAGUCAAUAUUCCUAGCAAUUUUUGUUGUUUUUAAUUCUCUAAGCUUGAUGCUUAUUUUCAGUGGUUGUGCCAGUAUUGUAGAUUAUUAGGUUUGUAAUCAUUAAAAUAUUUGUAUAAAUGUUGAAUAUUUGUACUUAGAUAAUACUAUACAUUUUUAUGAUUGUUAUUCAAUUUGUAACAUUCCUUAUUUGAUUUGUAAAAUAUUAUAUUUAUACACUUUGUAAUGAAUUUAAUUUGCAUCUGAAAAUUAUAAUAAAUUUAUUCAUUUAAAUCAUUCCACAAAGGGAAAAAUCUGGAUUUUUAUUGUUGUAUCUUUUUAUAUCAAAUAUGUGUUGUGCCGGAUAUAUUUGCAGCAUUCAUGACAUGCUCUACGCAUAUCAUAAUACUCAAAGAAAUAUUAUCAUAAAUAUUAUCAGGAUUAUGUAUUAUUUACAACAUAUCAUAUGUACCUGUUGUGCAUAGUGUUUGUGAGACAAUUUCUUACAAACUUGUAUAUUUUUUAAUAUGUACAUCUUCCAAUGGUUUGGUUUAAUUUAAAAAAAAAAAUGUUUUUGAGUACAUUUUUCAGGGUCAAUGUGUCGUUUUCAGGUUGUGAAUGAUUUUUAUCGAUUAAAAAAAAUAUAUGUUGUUUCUAUAUGCCUGAGCAACAUUGAAAGUAUUUUGAAUACCGUUGAUUCAAAUCUUUUAUUUCGUCAAAAUAUUUGGUUUCAGACCAGUUUCUUUUGGUCAUCAAUGUGAUUGUUAAAAAACUAUAAUCCAAUUCAUAUAGAUAGAGUUGAAUAAUGGACAUAAGAAUACGCAGAUUUUGAAGCUGUCAUAAAGGCCUGGAAAAAUGUGCCUAUGAAAUACAUAAGUGACAUAGAAAAAUCAGGGUAUAGUUAACAUAGUUUUUCUUGUAAAUUUGAAUUUGAAAGAUUAGGCAUCUUAAAAGAACAGUACUAUCAUAAGAUUGAAAUUUUAAAGAUUGCGCAACUUGAAAGAAU